GUCCCUUCUGAACGAGUCUUCUCAUCCAGCAAAGAGACAUGCACGGAUCGGCGUGCCAACCUCUCGCCAACUGUUCUCGAAGCUUUACAGAUACUGAAGUUUACUUACAAGCAAGACCGGUUGAAUUUCACAUCCCAUCUUGUUGCAGAAGAAGAAGAUUAUACUAUUUCAGGGCCAGUAUCUAGGAAUGCCAUUGACGAGCUCAUGGCGGCGGGCAAACUCGACGAAAUUGCUCAGCUGCUCGCAAAUGAAAAUAAAAAUGAA